GGGAGGGCCGCUGCCACUGCAGCGGCCGGCGCUUCCCUCUGGUUAUAUAGCGCGGUGUGUGGAGCUCUCUUAGAGCCGGCGGAGAGCGCCCCGACUCGCGGCCACAGCUCCGCUGCAGAGCCCGGCGCCCGAGUGACAGCGGCGCGAGUGCAGGGCAGGGGACCCGAGGCGCGCUGGCAUCUCGAGCGGUUGGCAGCCCUCGCGUGCGCCCCACAAGUCGCCCCUUCCCGGCGCUGCCCGCACCCUCCCGCAACUUGAGUCAAGUUGACAACUCCCGCGCCCGGAGCCACCCGCACGGCGCACCCCUGCCCUAGGAGGAGAGGGAGCCGCUGCAGCGGCGCAGGGGACGUUCGGGCGUCGGCAGCUUGGUCAUGAAGGCUGCGCGCGUCGCCUAACUCGUGGCUGUCACCGCCGCUGCUGCAGCGGGACCGGACGGCUGGGCGCUGCGGGACAAGCCAGCGGCCGCCAGCAGGAGGCGCCGAGCCGGGCGGCAGCAGCGGCAGGCACAGCCCGUGACCACCGCGCCGAGCGCCCGGGAGGGACUGGCCCCCGAGCACUUCGGCCCCUCUCGGCAUUUCGGGGGCGGGCUCGGGGCGCACGCUUCGCACCCCGAUCGCAGUGACAAGCGCUCCCGGGGCCAGGAGCUGGGCUGUCUGGCGCGGGGAGGGUGAGGACACACGGUGCUGGGGCUCGCGCGGGACCCGGGACGUCGCGAUGAACAUCGUGGUGGAGUUCUUCGUGGUCACUUUCAAAGUGCUGUGGGCGUUCGUGCUGGCCGCGGCGCGCUGGCUCGUGCGGCCCAAGGAGAAGAGCGUGGCCGGCCAGGUGUGCCUUAUCACGGGCGCGGGCAGCGGCCUGGGCCGCCUCUUCGCUCUGGAGUUUGCCCGGCGCCGGGCACAGCUGGUUCUCUGGGACAUCAACACGCAGAGCAACGAGGAGACUGCAGGCAUGGUUCGUCACAUCUACCGGGACCUGGAAGCGGCCGACGCCGCUGCUCUGCAAGCUGGCAAUGGUGAGGAGGAAAUCCUGCCCCCGUGUAACUUGCAGGUUUUUACCUACACUUGUGACGUCGGAAAGAGGGAGAAUGUCUACCUAACAGCUGAAAGGGUCCGCAAGGAGGUCGGUGAGGUCUCGGUCCUGGUCAAUAAUGCUGGUGUGGUUUCUGGACAUCACCUCCUGGAAUGCCCUGAUGAGCUCAUCGAGAGAACCAUGAUGGUCAACUGCCAUGCACACUUCUGGACCACUAAGGCCUUUCUUCCGACGAUGCUGGAGAUUAACCAUGGCCACAUUGUGACGGUCGCGAGCUCCCUGGGGUUGUUCAGCACUGCUGGAGUUGAGGAUUACUGUGCCAGUAAAUUUGGAGUUGUGGGUUUUCAUGAAUCUCUGAGCCAUGAGCUAAAGGCUGCUGAAAAGGAUGGAAUUAAAACAACUUUGGUCUGCCCUUACCUUGUAGACACGGGCAUGUUCAGAGGCUGCCGAAUCAGAAAAGAGAUCGAGACUUUCCUGCCCCCUCUGAAGCCUGACUACUGUGUGAAGCAGGCCAUGCGGGCCAUCCUCACCGACCAGCCCAUGAUCUGCACCCCACGUCUCAUGUACAUCGUGACUUUCAUGAAGAGCAUCCUUCCUUUCGAAGCAGUCGUGUGCAUGUACCGAUUUCUAGGAGCUGACAAGUGUAUGUACCCCUUCAUCGCGCAAAGGAAACAAGCCACAAACAAUAAUGAAGCAAAAAAUGGAAUCUAAGACUGCUUUGUACGGAGUGCCAGGAUGGUCCGGUCUGUGCACAUCAGCAGUGCUGACGGUCUCUGGAUUCUAACCCCGUGUCAACUUUUUUUUUUCUAAUCAACUUUUUAAAAAAUAAUAAAAUGUAAAUUAACUGAC